GUUGAAGAACGGUGUUGAGGUCCCAACAGGAGUGCGGUCCAGAUACCGAGUUAAGAGUGAAGGAACCAAACACUAUUUGGUGAUUGAUGAUGCCUCCAGAGAAGACACAGGGACGUACUCUGUAAUGGCCACCGGGGGCGUGUCAGAGGCUCAUGUUCAAGUUGAAUUGAAACCACUUAAGGUGUACCAGGACUUGCAGGAUAUAACAGUGAAGCUUGGACAACCCCUUAAGCUACAUUGUGAGAUCUACCCGGGAAAUGUCCCUGGCCGUUGGUACAGGAAUGGACAGCUCAUCCAGCCCAGCGAUCGCAUUAAUAUCAUACACAGAGCCAAGGUUCACCGACUGGAAAUUGAAACCAGUUCACUUCACGAUGCAGGAGAUUACACGUUUGUACCAGAGGGGUACUCACAGAGUCUAUCUGCCAAAGUUCACAUCAUUGACCCUCCAAAAGUACAUUUGGAAAGCUUGAACCUACCAGACAACACAGUUACGGUCGUGGCAGGAAACAAACUUCGCUUAGAGGUUCCCAUCAGUGGAGAGCCAGCACCCAGAGUGGUGUGGAUGAAGGGAGAAAGGGUCAUUCUUGACUCGGGCCAUCGUGUCCGAGCUGAAACAUAUGGCGACCAGACGAGCCUCACGAUUGAGGUCACUGAGCGUGAGGACACGGGCAACUACAAAAUGGUUUUGCAGAACGAGGCCGGUGAGGCUACAGCCAGUGUCAAAAUCAAGGUUGUCGACAUUCCUGAUCCUCCGGAUGCACCCUUGGUACCAGAGGUGGGAGGUGAUUGGUGUUCCAUGACUUGGGAACCACCAAAAUACGAUGGAGGUUCACCAAUAUUAGGAUAUUUCAUUGAGAGAAAAAAGAAACAGAGCUCCAGAUGGAUGAGACUGAACUUUGACCUGAUCAAAGAAACUUCGUUUGAACCCAAAAAAAUGAUUGAAGGAGUGCCAUAUGAAGUGCGAAUCUUUGCCGUCAAUGCCAUUGGAGUAUCUAAACCCAGUGAGCCAUCCAAAGCUUUUACUCCUCUUGCUGUGACCAGUGAGCCAACAAUGCUGGUGGUGGACGAUGUCACAGACAACACAGUGACCGUAAAGUGGCGCCCGCCUGAAACCAUAGGAGCCGCUGGAUUGGAUGGAUAUUUGGUGGAGUAUUGCAUUGAAGGAAGCAAUGACUGGAAAGUUUCCAACAAAGAACUAACAGAGAAAACCAAGUACACCAUUACAGGACUAACUCCGGAGAGUAAAAUUUUAGUUCGAGUCAGAGCCAUCAAUAAAGCUGGAGCCAGUCCUCCACGGACUCUGCAACAUGCAGUGCUGGUCAAGGAGGUUGUUGAACCACCCAAGAUCCGGGUACCAAGACACCUGAAACAAACAUACACUCGCAAAGUUGGAGAAGCAGUCAACCUGGUGGUUCCUUUCCAGGGCAAACCGAGGCCCAAGGUCACUUGGAUGAAAGAAGGCCAAGCCAUUGAACCUUCGCAUGUUAGCAUUCGCAACACAGACUGUGACAGCAUCAUCUUCAUUCGUAAAGCAGAGCGGACUCAUUCUGGGAAGUAUGACAUGACAGUGCAAGUGGAAAAUCAUGUGGACUCAGCCAUUAUUGACAUACAGAUUGUAGAUUUACCAGGACCCCCUCAGAGUGUAACUAUUGAAGACAUAUGGGGAAGAAAUGUAGCUUUGGUCUGGACUCCACCAAAAGACAAUGGAAAUGCUCCAAUAACAGGCUACACUAUUCAAAAAGCAGACAAGAAGACAAUGGAAUGGUACACAUGUAUUGAGCAUUACCAUCGCACCUGUAUUACCAUCACAGACCUGGUGGUUGGAAACGAGUACUACUUCAGGAUCUUCUCUGAGAAUAUGUGCGGUCUCAGCGAAAAUGCUACUCAAACCAAAAAGAGUGCACUCAUUGCCAAAGAAGGUUUGCAGGUGAAAAUCCCAGAGUACAGUGACCACGACUUCAAGGAGCCGCCCAAGUUCACACAGCCACUCAUCAAUACUUUUGCCAUCGCCGGCUACAACGCCACUCUGAACUGUAGUGUCCGUGCCAACCCAAGGCCUAAAGUAAUCUGGAUGAAGAACAAAAUAGCCAUCAUUGAUGACCCUCGCUACCGCAUGUUUAGCAACCAAGGUGUCUGUACUUUGGAAAUCCGGAAGCCCAGCCCUUACGAUGGCGGCCUGUACACUUGUAAGGCCGUCAACGAUUUGGGAGAAGCCCAAGUUGACUGCAAGCUGGAGAUCAAAGUCCAAACUCAAGAAUUGUGAAUGUAUGUUCUCAUAUAAAUAAGGAGGCUUUACCUUCUACGAGCUCAUGCAACGUGGAGUACCUCUCCACCUGAUUGAUAAGUACAUGAACGAGUCGAAGAUUGUCGAGGAGGAGAAGUGAAAGUGAACGAUGAGAAACUUUGUGUAAAUGACCAGCUUUUCACACCUUCUGGACUCAGCUAGUGAAGGGUGGAAUACUGGAUGUGGUAGAGGGCGGAUUGAUCUGUGGUUUGGCUUGUUGAGUUCAGCUUUUGAUCUUUGUUACCACAGAAAAGCCUUCUUUCCUCCUUGGACACACCGCUAUGUUUUGUUGUUGUUUUUUUUGUUUUUUUAAAAGAUCAAUUUUAAUGUGCGCUAUUAGUGCUUUGGUUGUAGUAUUACUAAGAACAUGUGCGUAAAGAGAAAAAAAAAAUACUUAUGGAUGCAAAAUAAUACAUUGUGCAAAUGAAAACACACCUGCAGUAUUUGCUAGACUUUUUGAAAAUAUUUGAAAGUAGUGACAAUUUUCUGCUGGUAUCUUGAACAUGGAAGGAGGUUAAAAAAAAACAAUAAAUAAACAGUCUUGUUUGGUUUCCUUUAUGCUGCUUACAAACCUUGACUUGAGUCAUAGUUGAUGAAAGUAAAUCUGAUUUACAGUCAAUAUUCUGCAUGUAAGUAUUGAUUCUAAAUUCAUGGUAAACUGAAGUUUGAUCAAUUCAUUCACAUGUGCAUGCUGUCACCUUUGUAAUUAUGACUUUCGAAUUAAAAGAAGCUUCAAUUUAAA